AUGCAAGUGACAGAGAGAUUUCCCUUCAGCAUAGACAGUAUUUUGGGAUCUAAAUCAAAAAGCAAGGAAUAUCCGUGGAGCUACGACUACGUCACUGCUCCGGCGUAUCCGAAUGCAGCUGGCGAGCACUCCGCCUACUCGCAGCCCGGCUACAGUGGUUAUUCUGGGUAUUACGCCGCUCCUGCACCGGCGCCGCUUGUCCCGCUGCACUACGAAGCCGUUUACAGCGCCGCUUAUGGAUACCCCGGGUAUGGAGGAUAUGCCGCCGGCUACGGACAAUUCAACUAUCCUCAAGUCACGGAUCUGAGCGCCUAUGCUUGUGGAGUUCAGCAACAUAAUCUUGUUCCAGCAGCGGCUCCAGCGCUAUCCAGUUCUGAACUCCGCUACUUGGCUCAGAUUAUCAGCCGUCGGAAGCGACACAGAGUUCGUACGGUGUUCACCGACAGCCAGACCGAGGAACUGGAGCUUCUUUUCGGCCGCACCGACUACCCCGCCCCCGCAGCACGGGAUUGCCUGGCCAGGAGAGUCGGGCUAUCAGAGGAGACCAUUCGGGUUUGGUUCAAAAACCGCCGCGCACGCAGAAAGCGACAAGGCUUGAAACCCAAGUCCCGCAAGACAGCGCACACAAUGACAAAGAAGUCCGACGACCAGUCUUCCGAACCCGGCAAAGAGUUGACGGUUUGAUCGGAGCGCAACGGAUUUAUGCGAGGCGACGUCUUGGAUACACUCCAGGAGCCAGACUGGCUUUAAAAUAUUAAACCAGACGGUCGAAACUGAAUUUGCUGCGCGUGUCUGGCUCUAAGCACUAAUAGAAGUUAGAAACACAACUUUUUAACUGAAUUACUAUGACGUCAACCAAAGAGUGUUGCAAAAAUGUACAAAUCAGUCACUCAGAAAUGGAUUUAGGACACGGUGUAUCAUUUUUAUAAGAGGGUGCGUUGCUAGUACUCAUUUUGGUACUUUUAUUUAUGAAAAAAAAUGUAAAUUUUAAUAUAAUGAGAAAAAGGAUAAUCAUGUACACUUAAUGACUAUUUUGCAUCAGUUAUUUGUUGAACUUUUUGUAACCAUAUUUUAAGA